ACGUGGAGCAUACAGAAUUUAACCACUACACCAUCAGGCCAGCACCCACACUGACAUUUUAAGUUUCCUCAAACCCUGUGCUCUCCUGUGAUUUUCCCAUCUUUAAUAUAAACCUCUCUGAACCAACUGCCUCCCAACACCCUCACACAACAAAUUUUUAUCUUGUUAGCCCCUUAUUCAUUGUUGGACUCCUCCUCAAACACAUCUCCCUUCAGAAGCCUCCACUUUCUAUCUCCAAGAUCCAGGGCAUUGUGCAAAUACUUCUCCUAGAGGACCUGUCACAUUGCUCUGUGAUUUAUCCGUUUCCAGUCUGUCCUAUGCGUUACAUUGAAUAUUUUGAACUUAAUAAUACUGUCUUAUUACUUUCUAUAUUGUCCACAUUUAGCUCUGUCAAACACAUGGUGCAAGGUGUUUGAUCAGUUGAUAAUAUUUGUGCAAAAUGAGUAGUAGCAUUUCAGUGUUAAACCUUUGUAUUUUUUUUAAUCCUUUCUUUAAUCUCUAAAGGGGAUGCCAGUUUUUCACAUCUCUAUGUGCUUUACUCCACUGCUUUCAAGACAAAGAACACUUUGACCCCAUAAAACCUGAUCAGAACAAACUAUGAUGAUAAGAAACACAAAAUUGCCUCUCUGGGCAUUUCAACUUUCAACGUACUUAUUUUCUUAAAAAAAAAGACUAGAGUAUCUAGUAUAAAUUUGAGUGGCUCAAUAAUCCAACAACAAUGCGUGGAGCAACUGAAAAAAUGGGGGGGGGGGACAUUUCGUCCUAGAACUAUUAAUAACUACCUCCAGUAAAGUGGUGACAUUGACAGUAAAGGUGAUGAUUCAGAUAAUGCAAAAAUUCCAGUCUAUUCUGGUGCAUAUCACUUUUGCAUAAACAAAUGCAUCUUUUCAGGGUGACAAUGGUCUCAUAAAAGACCCAAUAAAUGCUGUAAAGGGAAAUUCUCCAUCAGAAGGAGAUAGGACAUUUGCCUUCCAGUGUCUCUUCUGACUCUGGAGUCUAUGAUUCCUUGACAGAACAAAAAGUUUUCUUCACCUGGAUUUUCAUUGUCCCAGGAAUCUCCCUUUGGGGCUCUGAAGGCAGCAGAGAGAAGAUAUAUAGCUAUGGGAAGGAAUACCAGCAUGAUGACCAAUUUUAUCCUUUUGGGAUUUUCAGAGCAUCUAGAGCUGAAGGUUAUCCUCUUUGUGUUGUUUCUGGGGAUCUAUUUCAUGACUCUGGCUUGGAACCUGAGCCUCAUUAUCCUGAUCAGGAUGGAGUCACACCUCCACUCCCCCAUGUAUUUCUUCCUCUGUAACUUGUCCUUUGUUGAUAUUUUAUACACCUCCUCCAUCACUCCUAGGAUGCUCUGCGACUUCUUCAAGCAGCAGAAGAUUAUCUCCUUUGUGGGUUGUGUUGCUCAGUUUUUCUUCUUCAUUGGGAUGGGAGCCACUGAGAGUUUUCUUCUAGCAGCCAUGGCAUAUUACCAGUAUGCUCCUAUCUCCAACCCGCUGCUCUACACAACCCUCAUGUCGCCAACCAUCUGUGUAGGUAUGGCCAUGACAGCAUACGUUGGAGGAUUCCUCACUGGAUUAGUCCAAACCAGCUCCAUAUUCUGGCUCCAUUUCUGUGGGCCUCUAGUCAUUAACCACUUUUUCUGUGACCUGCUGCCUCUGCUGAUCUUGUCUUGUUCCAGUACCUUCUUCAGCCAGGUAGUGAACUCUUUUGCUGUGUGUGCAGUUGGUGGGAUAUCAGCUCUUAUUAUCCUGAUUUCCUAUGACUACAUUAUUGCUGCUGUCAUGAAGAUCCAUUCAACCGAAGGAUGGAUGAAGGAUUUCAACACCUGUGCCUCUCAUCUGACCACAGUGAUUCUCUUCUAUGGCUCUGGUCUCUUCUCAUAUCUCCAUUCUAGUACUGGCUCCUCAUGGGACCAAGAUAAAAUGGUGUCCAUGUUCUAUGGAGCUGUGAUUCCCAUGCUGAACUCCAUCGUAUAUAGUCUGAGAAACAAGGAAAUCAAAGAUGCAUUGAAAAAACUCAAGGAGAGAAAGAAGCAGAUGCCCUCUCUUUGUCUUAGAGUUCCUUGA